UCUCGUUAAUGAUUCCUUGAUGAAAUACUUGACAUCUUACAGCCACAGCGUCUCAAAAGAACAGAGUCCAAAGUCCACGAUAAUACCCUUCAAACACAGGAAGCUGCGCGCGCGUCGCAGUCAGUCGCUAAAGUCACAGCAGGGUCUCAUCUUCGGCGAAGAUCGCUCCUGCAGACAGAUCCAGAGAUGACGCGCUGUCUGCUCUUCUGCUUCUGCCUGAGUCUGCCUCACAGCAGCGCAGCACAGAUCGCGUACAGACGCGUCGCGAUUCCAGAGCAGGCUUAUUUUGCUGAGCCCUUUGACGCAGCAGCGCUGGACAGAUGUUUGUUCUUGUUUGCGCUGAAGAACUGGGUUUUGUCCAAAGCAGUGAAAGAUGAGCAGCCGCAGCUUCUCAAAUAUGACGGGGAGUGGGUUAUAGAGGAGUCCAGAGAGACCAGAUUAUUAGGAAACCGAGGCCUGGUCCUCAAGUCUCCCGGUAAACACCACGCCAUCUCUGCGUACCUGCGGAAGACCUAUCACUUCACAGACAAACCUCUGUGCCUCCAGUAUGAAGUUUUCUUCCCAAAGACGGUUGAUUGUGGCGGAGCCUACAUCAAGCUGCUUUCUCAUUCGGAUGAUCUCCGCUUGAGCUGGUUCAGUGAUGCCACCCCAUACACCAUCAUGUUCGGUCCAGAUAAGUGCGGCAGCUCGCACAAGAUACACUUCAUCUUCCGUCAUCGUAACCCAGCUACAGGGACAUUCGAGGAAAAACACGCGCGGCAGCCGGAGGUGGACCUCAGCGACUAUUUUACUGACCAGCGUCCACAUCUCUACACUCUGAACGUAUAUCCUGACCACACGUUUGAGAUCCUCGUUGACCUGACACUGAUUAAUAAAGGCAGUCUGCUGGAGGACAUGCUCUCAUCACAAGCUCAAGACCAGGAGGAUUCAGCAAGUGCUGAGCAUCGAAGGUCAGACGAGCCCUUCACCUUGAGCUCCGUCUCUGCUGUGGGCUUUGAGCUGUUGUCCCUCACUGCAGAUGUGAUGUUCGACAACAUCUUUGUCUCUGAUGAUCUGGAAGUGUCCCGGCGCUGGACACAGGACACGUGGGGCCAGAGACAGACCCCCGGAGUGAUUGAAAAGCUGCUGAUGGCGACGGUGAAGAGACCGUGGCUCUGGGGGGUCUAUGUCGUCACUGUGGGCCUUCCCAUCAUCCUCUUCAUUAGCCUCAUGUGGCCUGAUAAGCGGUUCGGUCCUCCAGACCAGGAUUAUUACUAUAAGAAGACGGACGAGCCUCAGGCAGAAGACCGUCAGGACGCCGAGGAGCUCGUCUCUCGCGCUGAAGGUCCAGCGGGAGCGCAGGCCGAGAGCAGAGCCGUCAGGAGAGCGCCGAGAAACACAGACGUGAGUUAACACCGAGGAGCCGACGCAGCGCUAGUCUCAAUAGUUUGAGGAUGAUGUUUAAUUGUCAUGGAAACGUCACAAUGUAAAACAUCUGAAUGGUCCUAAAACUAUCAUUACUUCAAUAAAAAAAUGUAAUACAAAUCUCA